CACGUAAAUUCUUAACCCGGAAGGGUCAUUUAGAAAAAGAGAAAAUGAAAUCACAUAGCCAGUCUGCCAGCACAACGAGUCUGCGGUGACCCUUGUUGUCUUUGAUUCUGGUUCUCACAGUCACUUCAUUCUAGGGUUUGUUCGAAGCAAAUACCAAGCGAAGCCAAAAGAUCUCUUUAAUAAUCGAAUUCUCACGCGUGCUUUUCUGGCAGUUGGCGCUUUUCAGAGUUAAUUUCUCUGUGGAAUUUACUCAGGCGCACAACUAAAAGGAUGUGCUUUGGUGGGGUAUAUAAUAUGAGUUCAUUUCUAGUCACAAAUUUGUUUCAGUGGGCCAAAUAGUUGAGUCUGGCUGUGAGUAUGUCAGAGGAGGUGGAGUACCGUUGCUUUAUUGGUGGCCUUUCAUGGUCAACAUCUGAUAGAGGUUUAAAAGACGCAUUUGAAAAGUUUGGCCAUCUUCUUGAGGCAAAGGUUGUUGUCGACAAGUUCUCAGGUCGUUCUCGUGGAUUUGGGUUUGUCACUUUUGAUGAGAAAAAAGCAAUGGAAGAUGCUAUUGAAGCAAUGAAUGGAAUUGAUUUGGAUGGGAGAACUAUAACUGUGGAUAAAGCUCAACCACAAGGUUCACUAAAGGAUCACGAUGGUGAUCAUUACCAUAGUCGUGACCGUGGGCGUGAUCGUGACCAUAACCGUGACUAUAGCGGUGGGCGUGGAUCUAAUGGUGGAGAGUGUUUUAAGUGUGGCAAGCCUGGGCAUUUUGCCAGGGAGUGCCCUAAUGAAGGGGUGAAAGGGGGUAGGUAUGGUGGUAGGGAUGAUAAACAUGGCAGCAGCGGUGGUCGUUAUGGUCCUGACAGAAAUGGUGAUCGAUUUGGUGGGCGCAACAGAGAUGGGGGCAAUCGUGGUGGUUCAGGAGGUGAUCGCUAUAAUCGUGACAGGUCUGGACCUUAUGAGCGUCGAGGAGGAGGCUUUCGUUCUGGAUAAAUGACUGCUUCUGAUAUUGCAGGGGAGUUGGAGUCGCUGCUUAUACUGCAUGAAGAGCUUGAAGUUAGAUUAGUGGAUGUGUUUUCCUUGUUAUUCCUAGGUGGAUCAGUACCAUACAUCAGUCUUUUGACUCCAAAACCUGGCACAAAUAUUCAACUGUUAAUUGUUCCUAAAAUGCUCAAUGUAAUGUUUUGGUUGAAGGAGUCUUGUGCUUUCUGACAUGAAGUUUCAAAUUUGUUGUUUCACUCUUUGAAUGUCUUAGUAUCUGCUCCAUUCUUGUUAUUCA